UUGGCGGUCAUUUUGGCUUCCUUCGAGUCUGUUCGCUCAGAGGCUCCGGAGAACUGGGUUGGCGCCCCAUAAGGCAAGGUAGACGUUCUCCCGGCUGCAGAGACGCGGCUCUGAGCCUUGGAGGCGGCGGCCUCGGGGUGACCCGCAACGGCCUGGGAUCGUGAUCUCCGCGCCCCACAGCUGCGCUCCGCCUACAGAGUCCGAUGGCGGCGGCCGCGUGUAGGGACCCGGCUGAGGAUGUGAACUUUGAGGAUGUGGCCAUUGACUUCUCCCAGGAGGAAUGGGGGCUCCUUGACGAGACUCAGAGACUCCUGUACUGCGACGUGAUGCUGGAGACCUUUGCACUUGUAGCAUCUCUGGACCUUCACCAGCAACAGAGGCAUGGCAGUGGGGAGAAGCCCUGGAAAAGGGAUGUGGACAGAGCCUCGUGUUUGAAGAGCUGCAACAUCUUUGUGUCAGGACAGCCUUUCACCUGUAGGAAGGUUGGCGAGGACUUCCCAGCCACCUGGGGACUUCUGCAGCACCAGACCACUCCCAACAGCGAGGAGCCACACAGGGGCAACCAGAGUGGGCAGGCCUUUCACAGUGGAAAAAGUCACUACAGCUGUUGUGAAUGUGAAAAAGCUGUCCGCCACAACCAUGCACUGGAUCAGCAUCAGAGUGUCUGCUCUGGAGAAGAGCUGUAUGAGUGUGGCAGAUGUGGGAAAACCUUCAGCUGCAACUACAGAUUGGUGUGGCACCAACAAAUUGACAGUGGACAAAGGCCGUAUGAGUGUGGUGAAUGUGGGAAAUGCUUUAGCCAGACUUCUGACCUCAUUAAAGACUGGAGAAUUCACAGUGGUACAAAGCCUUAUGGAUGCAGAGAAUGUGGACAACUAAUUACCCAUAGCUUCAGUCUCAGAAAACACUGGAGAAUUCACACUGGAGAAAGGACUUAUGAAUGCAGUGAAUGUGGAAAAGUCUUUAUCCACAAAUCCAAACUCAUUCACCACCAGAGACUACACACUAGAGGAAUACAUUAUGGGUGUGGUGAAUGUGGGAAAUCGUUUAGUUACAAAUCCAACUUCAUCGAGCACCAUAGAGUUCACACUAGAGAAAGGCCUUAUAAAUGCAGCGAAUGUGGGAAAUCCUUUAGACAAAGCUCUAGCCUUUUCCGACACCAGAGAGUUCACACUGGAGAAAAGCCAUAUAAUUGCAGCAAAUGCGGGAAAUCCUUUAGACAAAUCUUUAACCUCAUUCGGCAUGGGAGAGUUCACACUAGAGAAAUGCCUUAUGAGUGUAGUGACUGUGGGAAAUCUUUUAGCUGCAAAUCUGAACUCGUUCAACAUCAGAGAAUUCACAGUGGAGAAAGACCUUAUGAGUGCAGUGAAUGUGGGAAGUCCUUUAGACAGUUUUCUAACCUCAUUCGCCACCGGAGUGUUCAUACUGGAGAAAGGCCUUAUGGGUGCAGUGUUUGUGGGAAAUACUUUAGCCGCAAAUUUAUCCUUAUUCAACAUCAGAGAGUUCACACUGGAGAAAGACCUUAUGAGUGCAGUGAAUGUGGAAAAUCCUUUACCCGCAAAUCUGACCUCAUUCAACAUCAGAGGAUUCAUACUGGCACAAGACCUUACGAGUGCAAUGAAUGUGAGAAAUCUUUUAGGCAACGCUCUGGUCUUAUUCAACACCGGAGAGUUCAUUCUGGAGAAAAGCCAUAUGAGUGUGGGGAAUGUGGGAAAUCCUUUAGCCAAAGUGCAAGCCUUAUUCAGCACCAGAGAGUUCACACUGGAGAGAAGCCUUAUGUGUGUAUCGAAUGUGGGAAAACCUUUAGCCAAAGCUCUAGCCUCAUUCAACACCAGAGAGGUCACACUGGUGAAAGGCCUUAUGAGUGCAAUGAAUGUAGGAAACCCUUUACCCACAAAUCUGACCUCAUUCAACAUCAGAGAGUUCACACUGGAGAAAGGCCUUAUGAAUGCAAUGAAUGUGGGAAAUCAUUUAGCCGCAAAUCUAACCUCCUUAGACACCGGAGAGUGCAUACUGGAGAAAACCCUUAAUUGUGCUGGUUAUGUUUUAUUUCUUCAUUCAGUGUACAACACUAAAGGAGACUGUGUGUGAGAGACAUUUUCCUGAAUUUAAACAUCUUUUAUCUCAACAUAAACUUUGUGAGAUUCCUCCUAAGUCUGAGGUACAUGCAAGACUUUAGGAGGAUGCAUUGUAUGGUUUCACCUGUCCAGCGCUAUUGCCGUAUUUAUGUCACCGCCAGCUUCUGUGGCCGAGGGCAUUCACCUCUGCUACCUGGCCCAUCUGCACAAUGUAGGUCAGUCAUCACCCAGAGUACGCAGAGAAGCUAGCUUCUUCUGUUUUCCCAUUUGCCUGAGGAAACUGUGAAUAGCCUGAGCGCUUAGGGAGAGCCUCAUUCCUUUCUCUCUGACUUUAAGGAGCAGACCUGACCCAGUUUUGGUCCAGAGGACCCAUCCUCACCUUGCUAAGAAGGACCUAUUUCUUUUCAGGAACGCUGUUCUCACAUUAUGCUUGUGAUGAAUUCUUCCCGGUUCUAAUUCACCAGCAUGGGAACUGCUUGCUACACAUUGGUUGGUUUAUGUUCUUUUGGUCAAGGUCUUUGUUUCUGCACCUUUGAUUUUGGUGGUUGUAGUCACUCUGUGAGGUGAUUUGAAAGCAGAAUUGUGAUCUAUCAGCAGGUAGAGACCAGCAAAUUUUGUGGGGAUCCCAUACUUCCUGUGUUUCAGGAAGGACGGUAUGAUGGUGGAAAAUAGCAGUUGUCCAAUAUUGGUCUAGUUUGCAUUGGUGCCCAGUGCUUCGAAAGAAAGACUGCAGGACUUUGUGGUGCUUAGCAACUUGGUGCCGAGAUUUGGGGGGAGGUCAGGGGUCACCCGAAAGAGGAGACCUUUGUGGUAACAACCUCCCUGUGCUUCUUUGAACAACAUAAAUUAUAUUCUCUUGUUUGCUGUAUAUAUCACAUAAUUCCCACGAAUAUUCAGGGGACUUCUUCCCCAGGUCCUGCAAAGGAGCCAUGUACCACGAUGUACAAAAUUUCAGUGUCAUUUGCUGUAAGACUAGAAAUACAGGUGGAACUGUAAUUGGAACAAAAACAUGGAUUCAUAGGGCAUAAAGGAGACUGCAGUAAAUUAGAUGGAAUGUGCCUUACCUAAAAGUUCAUUUCUAAACAUUCUAGAACUGUGACUUAUAUGAUUGAUGUGUACAGAAAUUCUCAGGACCUCCAUAACUAUUUCUUGUAGCCAAGGUCAUUGAUGAACUAAAUAUUCUAAAGGUUUUGUGGAUUCUCAUAGCCUCUCUGGGCUGUUCAACCGGUCAUUGCUCUGGAGUCAGGAAAACAAGGAUAGAGAGAAGGCUGAGCCUACUGUCCAAGGAUGUGUCUUUCGUGACCCAGCCAUCAUUCUUGUAGAUUCAGGUGGGAGCAGUCUUCAUGCUGCCAAUAUUUGCUACCACUGAGGGAAGGCUGCCCCUCCCCGGGCAUGAGGGUACAGAUGGUGGAGUCCAUAUAGGGUUGCCAACCUAAUUUCCUAAAAAAGGAUAUCUGGGCUUGUAUUUUGGACCACUUCUUAAAGCUCUGUUAAGGUAUAAUUUGUAUAGUUGACACUCAAAAAAAUACACUUAUCUAAUGUUAUCAAUUUGGUAAACCCUGACAUAUGUAUAAAGUAAUGAAACCAUAUUACUCAUGAAAAUGCACAUAUUUGUCAUGAUAUAUUUACUUUGUGCUCAUAUAGUGUCUCUCCCUGCCUUAUCCAGCCUUCCAGGCAACCAUCAAUUCUCUUUCCUUUACAUUAGGUUAGUUUGUAUUUUCUAUAAUUUAAAUAGGCAUUAUUAAGUAUAUGCAUAUUUUUUGUACUAGUUUCCUUCAUUCUGCAUACUUAUUGAAAUUCAACAAUGAUGCUUAUUUUUAUUGCUGAGUAGCAUUCUGUUCUAUGAAUAAUGACUUUAUCCAUUUAUCUGUUCAGGACAGAUAGGUUAUUUCUGGGCGUGGGGUGUUUACAAAAAACGCUGCUAUGAAUAUUUACAUUCAGUUCUUUAUGUGGAUAUAUGUUUUAUUUCUCUUGUUAUAACUCUUGUUAUAGUAACUAAAACUGUUACCAUGUAGGUGAACGCUUCGUGUUUUAAGAAAUGUGAAACCGUGUUCUAUAAUGGUUACUCUCUUUUGCCUUCCCGCCAGUAGUACAUGAGAAUUCUAGUUCUCUGGGAACCUUGACACUAGAUGUGGUCUAUCUUUUUAAAUUUUAGCCCUUGAGAUAAGUGUGUAGCCAUAAGCCAUGUUGGUUUUAAUUCCAUUUCCCAAAGUAUUUCAUGAUGUUGAACAUUUGUCAUGCAUUCUUUUUAUCAUCAGUUUAUCUUCUUAUCAUCUGUUUAUCUUCUUUGGUAAAAUGUGUGCUUGUAACCUCUUAACCUAUUUUCUUUUUAUGUACUUAUGUAUUUAUUACAUGGAACAAUUGUUUUUGAAUACCAGAUUUUUCUCCCUCAACUUUUUGUCCUCAUAAUUGAAAAGCCACAUGCACUAGAUUUAUACGUUUAAUCUGCAUUAAUACAUCUCUGCUUUCUUAACUCAGUGACACAUUAAAUCAAGCCUAGGUUUUAGUCUUUGGCAAUCCCUGGCAUAGACACUCCCCUCAUGGUAAAUGCAAAUCGCCAAAGUGGUGUCACUGAACAUGGAGUUGGUAAGAUAUUCCUAGUAACCUUUCAUUAUAUUCUGUUCCCAAAGUACUGAUACAGUACCCACUAAUCUCUUCAGGAACAUAGGUAAUAAAACAAUAAGAAUGACUAGUAAGUGGCAACUUUUAAACACAUGUUUUGCAAAAAGAGUUUAAGUAUGAUUAACUUAAACUGCACAUAUUUUAAAUGUACAUUUUGAUAUUUUCAUACCUACUUACAUCCCAUUGUAAAUGGCUGUUUAUAAUAUGUCCAUGGAUAAGACCCAUGUUAAGUCCCAUUAAACCUGUCACAAUCCUCCAUCA